UGAGGGGGAGGGGCGCUGCAUUGUGCGAGCUGCAGAAGCGACAGCAAAAUGGCCGCUGCGCCGUCUGGGGCCGCCGCCUCCUCCUUCGCCUCCCCAUCCCCCUCGGCUACUGCCGCCUCUUCUUCCUCCUCCGCCUCUUCGGCCAGCGGCGCCCCGGGCCCCAACCAGACGCCGAUGGAAAGCAAGAAAAUCACGGAGCUGCGUGUUAUCGACCUCAAGUCGGAGCUGAAGCGCCGCAACCUGGACGUGGCCGGCGUCAAGACCGUCCUCAUCGCUCGCCUCAAGCAGGCUAUUGAAGAAGAAGGAGGGGACCCAGAUAAUAUUGAAAUAGCUGUCUCAGCUGAUACUCCAAACAAGAAACCAACCAAAGGAAAAGGUAAAAAGCAGGAAACUGAUGAAUUAAGUGGUGAUGCUUCAGUGGAAGACGAUUCCAUGGUCAAGGAGAGUGAACUGGAAGCUCAAGAUGCAAGUGACCAGGAUGGAAAUGAUGAAUUGAAAGAGUCGGAAGAAUCCGCAGAAAAUGGAGAGGAAUCUAAAACGGUGCCUCGUGUAGACAAGAAGAAAACUCAUUCAAAGCAGACAGAGAAGGACUUGGAAAUCCAGGCCAGCAAUAUUCGAGAUACAGAAGAUGAAAGCUUUUCUGCUAGUCAUGAUGGAGAUGAAGAGAAUGAGAGAGAUAAAGCAGGUUCUGGUGAUGGUACACAAGAAGUAUCUAAGCCUCUUCCUUCAGAAGAGAGCCUAGCUGAGGCUGAUCACUCUGCUCAGGAAGAGAUGGAAGCUAACGUGUCUGUGAAAGAAGCUGAGGAUGAUAACAUAUCGGUUACAGUCCAGGCCGAAGAUGCCAUCACUCUGGAUUUUGAUGGAGAUGACCUUCUAGAAACAGGUAAAAAUCUGAAAAUUACAGAUUCAGAAGUGAAUAAGCCAAAAGACGGGCAAGAUGCCAGUGCACCGAACCUGGAGAAGGAAAGCAAGGAUUAUGAGAUGACAGAGAACCAUAAAGAUGGUAAGAAGGAAGACUGCGUGAAGGGGGAUCCUGUCAAGAAGGAAGCCCGAGAAACCUCGAAGAAAGCAGAAUCUGGAGACAAAGACAAGGAUACUUCGAAGAAAAGUCUCUCGUCUACUGGGGCCUCAGGUCAAGCAAAGAGCUCUACUAAGGAAUCUAAAGAAAGCAAGCCUUCAUCAAAGGAUGAAAAAGGAAGUGCAAGCAGUGGGAGCAGCAGCAGCUCUACUAAGAACUUAUGGGUUAGUGGCUUGUCUUCUAACACAAAAGCCGCUGACUUGAAAAAUCUCUUCGGCAAAUAUGGGAAGGUUCUUGCUGCAAAAGUGGUCACCAGUGCCCGAAGCCCUGGAGCCAAAUGCUAUGGCAUUGUGACUAUGUCAUCAAGCACAGAAGUGGCAAGGUGUAUAAGCCACCUUCACCGUACAGAGCUGCAUGGGCAACAAAUUUCCGUUGAGAAAGUAAAAGGUGAUCCCUCCAAGAAAGAACUGAAGAAAGACAGUGAUGAGAAAUCUGGCUCCAGUAGGAAUCCUGGAGAAAAGAAGAUAACUUCAAGCGACAAAGCCAGCAAGACCCUCUCCAAAAAGGAAGAUAAGAAGUCUGACAAAUCAGAGAAAAAAGAAAGCAAGGAUGGGAAGAAACCUGAAGGCAAAGAUGAGAAGAGUGACUAUGGAUCCAGUUGUCCUGCUCAAGAUCCUAAAACGGCAGAAGAAAAAAAGCGAAUAAGUGUAAAAAGUCCAAGUCAUAUGGUAGUUCUAGACCAAACGAAAGGAGACCAAGUUCACACCAGGCCAAUAAGAAGGGGACGGUUUGAAAAACCACCUAUGUUAAGGAACAAAGAGCGUUUUCUUCAAGACAAAAUGAAGUUCAGAGACUACCGGGGCAGAAAGGACAUACUGCCUUUUGAGAAGAUGAAGGAGCAGAGAAUGAGGGAGCACAUUGUUCGGCUAGAGCGAAUACGCCGUGCUGUAGAGUUACGAAGGCGAAGAGAAAUUGCUGAGAGAGAGAGAAGAGAGAGGGAGCGCGUCAGGCUCCUCCGGGAGCGUGAAGAGCGUGAGCGUUUGCAGAGGGAGAGGGAGAGGCUGGAAAUUGAGCGGCAGAAGCUGGAGAGGGAACGGAUGGAACGAGAGCGCUUGGAGAGGGAGCGUAUCCGUAUUGAGCAGGAGCGUCGCAAGGAAGCAGAGCGGAUUGCUCGUGAAAGAGAAGAGCUUCGGCGCCAGCAGCAGCAGCUUCGAUAUGAGCAGGAGAAGAGGAAUUCCCUGAAACGGCCUCGGGAUGUUGAUCACAGGAGAGAGGAGCCCUACUGGAAUGAAAGCAAAAAGAUUUCCUUGGACACAGAUGCACGCUUUAGCCAUGGGUCUGAUUACAGCCGGCAGCAGAACCGGUUUACUGAUUUUGACCACCGAGACAGAGGGCGAUACCCAGAGGGUUCUGCAGUGCAGACUUCCUUUGACAGGCGGGAACGAUUUGUCAACCAAAGUGAUGGGAAAAAAGCUCGGCCAACCACAAGACGGGAGGAGCCUGGUUUUGAAAGAUACCCAAAAAGCUUCAGUGAAUCCAGAAGAAAUGAGCCCCCUCAGCCCCGAAACGAAAUCCGUGACAGUGACCGGCGGGAAGUGAGAGGAGACCGCGAUGAGAGGAGGACUGUGAUAAUCCAGGACAGGCCUGAGAUCCCUCAUGGCCGUCACCCACGAGAGACUGGGACCAACUCAUCCCGGCAGAGUUCUUGGAAGGGUGAAGGAGGCAUCAACCCUGACAAGCGAGAUGCCAGAGAGAGGCCAGAAAGAUCAGGCCGAGAAGUCUCUGGACAUUCUGGGAGUCGUAGUACCACAUCUGGCUACGGAAGCCGGGAAGCAGAGCGCAGUGUGAUGGAGCGUGGAAGUGGGGGGCAGCAUUAUAAUGAAGAUCGCCACGUGGUUGAGCGGCAUAGCCGUGACGCUGGACCAAGGAAAGAAUGGCAUGGGCCCAGUUCACAGGGCAGCAGCUAUCACGACACAAGGCGAAUGGGAGAUGGCCGAGCAGGAGGUGGCAUGAUGUCUCCCCACUCAAGUAAUUCUUCACCCAUUAACAGAGUUGUACAGAUUACGGGCAAUUCCAUGCAGAGGGGAAGUGGUUCAGGAUUUAAACCAUUUAAGAGUGGACCACCACGAAGAUUCUAAGCUCACUGACCUGCUUGACCUCCCCCCUUGGUUUCAAGAUAACUUAUUGGAAAUCUUUUAUGAACGAAGAAGCCUUGGCUAAGAGAACUUGUCUUUUUUAAUUUUACCAUAAUUACUUUUUCCUCUUUUAUGGAGGCAUUUUAAAUAAGUUAGGCUGUUUGGAUUUUGGAUAGUUCAUUGUACUUUUUUGAUGAGCAUUUCCCCCUGUAACACUAGGAGCUCUGAAAUUAAUUGGAACCAAACAUGUGAACCGCUGUACAAAGAGAUGAUUUGUUUUGCACCCAGUAGUUUUAAUUUACAAUUUAGCUCUGUGAUGUCAGGCUUGAAAAUUAGGUACUUAUCACAAAACACACAGAUAACCCAAAUGUACAUUAGAAUGGGUAGAGAAUAAGGGUUGGGUUGGUUGUUUGAUUUCUGGGUAUUAUGUAACCUAUUUUUGGAGAGUUGUUAAACUGAGUGGAUCUGUAUCCUGGCCACUGUAUCCUUUUGAAAUAAAGCUUCAUAAUAUGUA